UCAUUGAAUCCUCACAUCACGUGUAAGAUAUGUCGAGGAUAUCUCAUCGACGCCACCACUGUUACCGAAUGUCUUCAUACGUUUUGCAAGAGUUGUUUAGUGAAACACUUGGAGGAACACAACUCGUGUCCCACGUGUGAGAUAGUCAUACAUCAAUCACAUCCACUCCAAUACAUCAGUUUUGACCGCACAAUGCAAGACAUCGUCUAUAAGUUGGUCCCAAAUCUACAACAAAAUGAGACCAAACGAGAGCGUGAUUUCUACCGCCGACGCGGUCUUCCGUACCCGAAGGCCAACACCGAUAAGGUUUGCGAGAAAGAUGUCUAUACUUUCCCCACAAACACGACCACCAAAGAGGAGAACAGCGAUUGUCACCGAAGCGACGAACAGGUGAACAUUCUUCUGGAGACCACCAAUCAAACCAAUCACAUGAAGUCCAUGAAACGCAAAUUCAUCCGAUGCUCAGCUCAGGCGACGGUCACUCAUCUCAAGAAAUUUGUGGCCAAAAAGUUGUUCAAUAAUUUAGAUCGAUAUAAAGAGGUUGAGAUAUUAUGUAACGAAGAGAUAUUAGGAAAGGAUCACACCUUGAAGUUUGUUUGUGUCACGCGUUGGAGAUUUAAAGAAUCACCGCUAAAAUUGGUUUAUAGGCCGCGACAAGACUUUUGAUACUCUAAUCUAUAAUUUAAAUAAUUUAUUCAUCAUUUGAUUUGCAAUACAUCCCAUAAUAAAUAUCAUUUCUAUUUUAUUCAUUUAUCAUCAAUAAAAACAAAUUAAUUAUCUUAUUUCAA